UGGAAACAAACGGUGACGACGCAUUCCAGAGGUUCGCUGCGGAGGUUUUCUGUCUGUAAAAGAAAAGAAUCGAUUCAUUGAAGGAUUCUAUGGUUGCGGGAACAUUUCUUUGGCCUUUGGUGUGACACGCUCCCUCGCGCUGUUUCGUCACAGUGACGGAGGGCUCGUGCGGUGGGAGCGGAGCUGAGCAGCAGAUGCAGGACUGAGAGCAGAGGAAGGAGCCCUCAGCCAUGGAUUCACCAGAGAGGGGUGCCUGUCAUGCUUCGGGCUGAGGAGGAGAGCCGUUCAGGAGGAGAUGGGCUGCACCUCUGCCAAGCAGGUGUCAUCGGUUCCCAGCGACGAGGAGAGUCAGAGCAAAGCCCACAGCAACGGGGACCUGGUCUCUGAUGAGCAGAAGAUGAGAGGAGGGGAGAAAGACGAGUACAUCAGCGGCGAAGAGUCGGGAGAGGACGGCCAUGACGGCACGGAGAAAAGUUCUCUCCUCGGCGUCGGACAACCCUCCAGCCAAUCAGGAGCGAACGGAAAGAUUCUGAGCGUCCACUCCUCAGAGAGUCAGCAGGAAUUCUUCCGAAUGCUGGAUGAGAAGAUCGAGAAGGUAAAGCAUGAAAAUCCAGCGCUGCAGCGUCGCUUCUCUAUGGAAGAGGAUUAGGGCCAC